AUGGCAUCGACAGGACUCUUCUUCCUCUCCAUCCCUCCUAACCACCCUUCUCCAUCGGCGCUGCUGAUAUCCCACAUCUCGCGCUCAUACCCGGCCGAAUUGCUGCCUACCUUCCACCUCGACCACCGUCUCUUCGUCGACACUUCCUCCCUGCUUCCCAACGCCGACACCUCUCGGCGCCAAUACACGAGCAUCCUAACGCUCUCACAAAGUCCCGGGACCACCUAUGUUGGAACGACGCCUCCGCCUGCGAAAGAGAAGACCAAGGCAAAUACCCAAACCACUCCAGGGGAACCCGACAAGGCGGCCGCAGCAUCCUCAGACACAACAGCAAAAACAGCAUUGAUUACCAUCCAAUCUACACAAACAGAUCCCAUAUCUCAACUGAUUGGAACAAAACUCCAGCCUCUCUGGGCCUUUCGCCAGUCCCUCGUCGUGGACAAUGGGACGUCUCUGGCGCUACAGCACGGAGAAUGGAUCGUGCGUAUUGGCGACUUGAAAACACCUACGAGCCGGUCUGGCCAACAAUCUACCACAUCCUCGAACCUGCGCGGCAUGCUUGUCGAGGUGUCUUUUGUCGGUUCCUCUGUCAUUGGCCCAGAGCAUACGAAUUCUACAGCAGACGCGGACUCCUCCAUCCAGAUGAAUAGUGCCGUGGGUCACGAUGACGAGACACUGAUUCGAGGACUUCUGGACUCUUUGUUGGAAGGAACGGGCAUUCAAAUGGUCAACAGCCGUGCAUUGUUCCGCCGGACCGGGGCACACAGCGAGACCGGCUCCAAGCGAGACAUGAAUGGAAACGCGAAGAGCGAAACCAUCCCUGUCGAUCGGGACCUGGCCAGACUCUACAUGGACAUGCUACGAACAACACGGUGA